GAUCAAACUUCACUUCACAGAAGGAAAAAAGAUGUCUAGCUUCGGAGAACCUUUACGUAUAUCGCCGGACUAUUCCACCGGCUUCGAUCACUCUUACAUGCAACAAGUUCCGGUUAGUUAUGCAGGACCACGUCUCCCACUUUUAAACCUCUCAACAGUGAAAAGGAGAAUGGAUCCCCUGCAGCACUUCUUAGCUCUCUCUCUCAGCACCAACACUUUGAUCUCCAACGAACAAAUGGAGCUCAUGUCCUCCGAAAUCGCCUCUGCCAUCCACCAAAUUAUCGUUAACGGCGCCGCCCUCCUCUCUUGCGCCAAAAACACCCAUCCCCCAAACCCGAACUCGACUCCGAAACCGAAAUCCGACUCUUACAGUUACAACGGUGGAGAGUCUGACAUAAUCGAGUUAGACGCGGUGGAGUUGCUGUCGGAACAUCUACAUCUCUGCGAAAUUUGCGGUAAAGGGUUCAAACGUGAUGCCAAUUUACGGAUGCAUAUGAGGGCUCACGGGGAACAGUAUAAAACCCCCGAGGCAUUAGCAAAGAAGAGACCAAACGGAUCGGAGAUCAAUAAUUCGGGUCGGGAAACCCGGUUUUCGUGCCCGUAUAGUGGGUGUAAUAAGAACAAGACGCACGAAAAGUUUAGGCCUUUGAAAUCGAUUUUUUGUGUGAGGAACCAUUUCAAGAGAAGCCAUUGUCCGAAAACAUACGGUUGCAAAAAGUGUCAUAAGAAGAGGUUUUCGGUUUUAGCUGAUUUGAAGAGUCAUUUGAAGCAUUGUGUGGGCGGCGGGGAAGAAGAGAGCAAGAAGUGGAUGUGUAGCUGUGGGAAUAGUUUUUGCAGGAAAGAUAAGCUUUUCAGACACUUAUCUUUGUUCGAAGGCCAUAUGCCAGCAGUGGCGGCGGAGGAAGGCGACCGGAAGUUGCAAGGAGCGGCCGCAAUGGAGGAAAAGAAAGAGGAAGGGUGUUUGAGGGAUGGGUUGUUUGACGGGUUGCUUGAUGGAUUUGGGUCUCUCGAGAACUAUUGUUUGCAAGAUCUGUUGGGACCAUAA